GCACAUUUCCGGUAUUCAUGAAUGCCCUCGCGGAGAAGCGCGAUUCUGAACGGGGAUAAGUGUAGCUAUCUAGUACACAACUUUAAGCGCGAGUGAUACCUUAUUUCGUUGUUGUUUUCAGCAGUGUUUGUGUACUAUACUCAAAUGACUUUCUAAUCGGCGGUGAUAUACUUGAAUACCGUCUUGCGAAAUCGCUUUUUAUUUCAACCUACCGCUAAAAUAAACUAGCUAACGUUAGCUUGCUAGCUACUAUGUCGGGAGGCGUCGUGCGAGGCCCCGCAGGAAAUAACGAUUGUCGAAUUUAUGURGGAAAUCUACCCCCUGAUAUUCGCACUAAAGAUGUCGAGGACGUGUUCUACAAAUACGGAGCUAUUCGAGACAUCGAUUUGAAAAAUCGGAGAGGGGGACCUCCCUUUGCCUUCAUCGAAUUUGAAGAUCCCAGGGACGCAGACGAUGCAGUGUACGGACGAGACGGCUAUGACUACGACGGUUAUCGGCUGCGAGUUGAAUUCCCUCGGAGCGCAGGGGUGGGGGGAGAGGGCGGCUUUGGUGGUGGUGGUGGGGGUGGUGGUGGUGGUGGUGGGGGGGUUGGUGGCGCCCCUAGAGGCAGAUACGGGCCACCAUCCAGACGCUCCGAGUACAGGGUCAUUGUCUCAGGGCUUCCCCAGAGUGGCAGCUGGCAGGACCUCAAGGAUCACAUGCGUGAGGCUGGGGAUGUAUGUUAUGCUGACGUUUUCAGAGAUGGAACUGGGGUUGUGGAGUUUGUGCGCAAAGAAGACAUGACCUACGCUGUUCGAAAGCUGGAUAACACCAAAUUCCGAUCACACGAGGGAGAGACCGCUUACGUUCGCGUGAAAGUAGAUGGUCCCCGCAGCCCGAGCUAUGGAAGAUCCCGUUCCAGGAGCCGCAGUCGAAGCAGGAGCCGCAGCGCAGCCAGUCGCAGCCGCAGCAACUCUCGUGGUGGUGGUGCCCGUGGUGGCAGAGGAUCUCCUCGCUACUCUCCUCGCCAUAGCCGCUCUCGCUCCCGUUCCUAAACUCUGUGUUGACCUUUUGGUGGAUCCCCUGUUAGCAGUUCCUCUUUCCACUUGUUUUUACCUCCUUUUGAGUUUUUCAGAAGUCAACUAUAGAUUUUAAUUUUUGCAUUCCAUCUCCUGAUGUCCUAGUGGAAGGUCUUGGUAUGUAGGUGUAUCCCCCUCCUGUCACCUUUCCUCCCUGACCCUCCCUACUUUAGUCCUUUUGUUUUGAUCUCCUUUCUCAAUUCAUUUCAAUUUACCUAUUGUCUUUCCUCCAAAAAUGUUGCAACAUUUGAAACCCUAUUGCUCUGAACUUCAAAAAUGUUGAUCUUAACAAGUUCAAUGUUUUUGUAAGUGUUGGAAAAUGUAUGUACUUUUUCAUGGGAUGGCGGGAGUCUCAUUGCUAAACUGUAUUUUACCCUUGUGUCUUCCUUUAGACAUCUGAAGAUAAGGAUUAAAGAGUGAUUUGGAAUAAAAGUUGUGGAGCACA